UCCCUUUAAGAGUGCAUUGCUUAACUUGUCCCCCUCCCCACCUCCUCUCUCUCUUCUGCCCUCCCUUUCCUACUGACAAUGGCCCAGCCCAGCGCAGCGUAUAUUUACAGAGAGACUGCUCAAAGCGGAUCCGCACUGACUGCAGAGAGAGGCGUCCGAAGAAGCUGACUGAUCGACUGGUACGUAGAAAAAAGAAGAGAUGAUUGUCAGCGAGUCGCCCGGAAGAGCCGCGUUACGGGGCCGUGCAGUCAAAUCCGAAGUAGCUUGAGGUGGUGGUCAGAGGGCGCCGACCGCAGUAAAUGCCCCAAGACGAGUCGGUGCUGAGUUUCCCGAGCGAGCGAUUCGAUCGCAGCCGAGGUGUCCACGGUGCCGCAUCGGAAAGACAGCGUAACAUGCUUCCGUGGAAGAAGAACAAAUUCGAGCUGAUCGAGGAGGACAAACAGUCCAAGCAGAAAGGCUAUGGCGUGAGCCUCAACUACUCCGCCCUGACCUCCCUGGCCAAGUCCUGUCCGGAGAGUGCGCUCAACCGAGUGGGGAGCAUGUUUAAGUCAAAACGGAAAAAAGUGAAGAUCACGAGCGAAGAUCCGACCUACACAGUGCUAUACCUGGGCAACGCCACCACGCUGCAGUCCAAGGGUGACGGCUGCACCGACGUAGCAGUCACCAAAAUCUGGAGCAAAAGCGAGAUGGGUCGUAAUGGCACCAAGAUGAAGCUGACCAUCAGCUCUCAAGGAAUUCGCAUGGUGCACGUAGACGAAAAAGCUAGACGGCCUGGGCACCUGUAUCUACUGCACCGGAUCACGUAUUGUGUGGCGGAUCCCCGGAUACCUAAGAUCUUUGCUUGGGUGUACCGGCACGAAAUGAAGCACAAGGCUGUCAUGCUUCGUUGUCACGCCGUGUUGGUUUCCAAACCCGAAAAGGCCAAGGCUAUGGCGCUAUUGCUCUAUCAGACCUCGGCCACUGCACUGGCGGAGUUCAAAAGACUCAAGCGCAGGGAUGAUGCCCGGCACCAGCAACAGCAGCUCAUCGGCGAUCAGACCAUCCCGUUGGUCCCUCUACGCAAGCUACUCAAUGGACAGUGUUACUACAAGCCGCCGGUUGAGCGCAGCCGCAGCGCCCCUAAGCUGGGCUCCAUCACGGAAGACUCGCUGGGGGAGGAGGAGGAAGAGAGGGCAAUGCAUUUCGAGUGUGAAGACAUCCUGGAUACAGAGGAUGAUGGCGGUGGCGGCGGUGAGAGUCUAGACUCCGAUAAGCAGGAACUAUCGCAGAUCAUCAGCGACUUGGGAGAAAUGGGCAUCGGCAACGACUUGCAAACGCUACGGGCAGACCUGCGCGUCACACGUCUCUUGUCCGGCGAAAGCACGAGUAGCGAGUCGUCUCUCGAGAGCGGCCACGAACCGGGUGCUCCCGCCAAUAAUGCCCAGCCUGAGGGACGCGAGCAGAGCGCUGAUUGACAGGACGCUCGCUGAAGUGGGAAUCUCCGCGGUGUGUCCAGCGAAACGAGCGGGGGUACCUCCAGAAGACCGGAUGCCUCAUCGCUGCACUGUACUUCACGCUAAGCGGCUACAGCUCGCGAAUAGACCCUGCGGCUUAUUGUAAGUCGAACCCGAUGUCCCGGUAAGAUACCCACUUGGCAUCCGAGAAAAGCAGCCCUUCCUCUCAGGCACCCCCAAUCUGAGUCCGAGGCAGCGUCCUGGGAGUACACUAACGGGAUUGUUUUAAAUUAUUAUAGUUGUUUUUCACAACGACUACCUUCUUUAUCUGGACUUUUUUGUUUCAUUAUUUGGACGCCAGGAAGGAUUUACUUGAAACUUAUUGUUUACCCUGAGUCCGCCUCCUCCAUAUUCGGCCAAAUUCCUCUGUUUUGGAAGCUCAGUCACUCAUUAAACACAUCUGACACGUGACACUUCGUUCGCGACAUUCCAUUUUGUAUAUGAUAUAUAUAUAUAUAUAUAUAUAUAUAUAUAUAUAUAUAUAUAUAUAUAUAUAUAUUGCACUUGUGACAUCUUGUGUCCCUUUUUGUGUAUAUACUUAUAUAUAGUGUGACAUUUGUUCUAAUGUUCUUAAAAACAUACGUUUUUAUCUUUGCUGUGCAAAAGGAAAUUGGAUACCCCCCAAGUAUUCAGCUGUACAUUGUAAAUGUAUAAGGUGUAUAAAAUAUUUGUUAUUUUUAAAAACAAAAGGGGAAGUACUUGUGUGUUGUCAUCAAUUCUGUGAACUCAUAAAUAAAGGACAAUAUUA